GAAAGACAGAGAGAGAGAGAGAGCAUUAGGAUUGGGAUUUAAUCUGGAGCGCCUGCAGGUUAGACAGGAUUACGCUGCUGUAUGGUCUCUACCAUGACCCUCUCCGCACGGAAUUUCCGCGUAUGUAUGGACUGAUUCCAACGGGAGACCUUCAGCAAAUAACACACACAACAACCAAAAGUCAGCCGUGCAGACGUGCCGCUGUUUGUACUGAAACAUGGCCGAAGCCCCGCACAUCGUCAAAAUCGGGAUUACGUUGAAGAUGCUUCCCAACGACACCGCCGUCUACUUCAAAUCCGACGGCGCAAGGUUCGGUCAGACCCGGACCAUCAAACUGCUCACCGGAUCCAAAUAUAAGGUCCAGGUGGUGGUGAAACCCGGAGCGGUCCAAGCCACGUCAAUGAGUGUGGGUGGGGUGACCUUUCCUCUGGAGCAGCAGUCCAAGGACCCUCAGUCAGUGGUCUACGCUGGUCAGUAUAACACUGAUGGGGUGGCACACACCAAGAGUGGAGAGAGGCAACCGGUUCAAAUCAGCAUCGAGUUCACAGAGGUGGGCAUGUUUGAGACCGUGUGGCAGGUGAAGUACUACAACUACAACAAGAGGGACCACUGUCAGUGGGGCAACAGCUUCAACAGCAUUGAGUACGAGUGCAAACCCAACGACACCAGAACACUCAUGUGGGUCAACAAGGAGAUGUUUAUCUGAGUGAGGAACAACGGGAAGGUCCACCAGCACAAACACACAACACAUCAUUCUGUUAUUUGUUAAAGGAUGUUUCUUUUUGACGGUUUCCUGUCCCGUAAGAAUGUUUGCUUAAAGGUCAUCCGUUUGUUUUUAACUUCUCUCUUUCCUUUUGAAUCUUCUCCUUCAUUCAUUUCGUUCAUUCGUUUGAAAAGAGGCAAAUAUGUUAAAACAAAUGAUUUUCAAAUUAUUUCAUUUUUAAAAAAUAUGAUUAAUCACUUGGUAUCUGUGGAUUAAUCAAUCAGUUUAUGGUCAAAUCAAUACUCCCGAAUAUGGUUAAAAAAAAUUUUUUUUAUACUUCUGGAACAGGAAGGAAGUGUCUCACAGAACGUGUGGAGAGUCUUUUUUUUCCUCUAAACUUCAGUCCAUUCGUUGUCUCGUUGUCCCUCCACAGCAUUAAUCGGUGUACAGUCCUGAACAAUUCAUCUGACUGUUGUUGUUGUUGCUUCAGUGAAACAAAAACUCUUUCCGCAAGCUGUGUAAAUGACAUGUUUGUACUGUGUAUUAGAGCAGCGAUAAGUGGGUGAAUUGAAGAA